AUGAACAACUUCUCAGGGGCCGUGCCACACUCGUUCACCAAGCUUUCCAAUAUGAUGUUCAUGUCGCUUCAAUCCAACCAACUAAGCUCAGGGCUCGAGGUGCUAGGCGAGAUGCCAUGGCUGAUAACAUUGGCUUUGCAAGGCAACAACCUCGGGGGGUCAUUCCCCGCAGUCCUGCUGAACCUCACCAACCUUAAUGAGCUGGACAUCAGCCAGAAUUCAUUUCACGGGACCAUUCCCAGUGACAUCUCUAAAAUGGAAAACCUGCACUUUUUAAAUCUAGGCCGAAACAACUUUCAUGGGGAGAUUCCAUCAGCGUUGCUGAACCUUCAAGGAAACGAGCUUUCAGGCUCCCUUCCUGACUUUUCCCUCUGGAAGGCUCCAGUCACCAUGAUGAUGCUAGGAGACAACAAUUUCACAGGGUCUAUUCCUGAGUCCAUCAGCACUCUCACCUCUGUUGCUGCCCUUUCACUGCGCAACAAUCAACUCUCUGGGAGCUUUCCUUCAUCGCUUCUAGCUUUGACCGCACUUGAGGCCAUAGACCUUGCUUCCAACAACAUCUCAGGAUCGUUGCCCUCUGCCCUUGGCGCCCUCUCCAACCUCCAUACUCUGUCUGUGUUUGGGAACCAGCUCACUGGAAAGCUCCCUUUCUCCAUAUGUGACCUCACCAACUUGCAGACCAUGUUUCUCCACAACAACUACUUUUACGGAAAAUUUCCCUCCUGCCUCUUUGAACAUUGUCUGCACCGCAUCGACAUCAGCAACAACAGCUUCUACGGCCCCAUCAACAGCAACUUUCGCAGCAUGAUUCCUGGCAAUGGUGCUCUGCUCAACAUCGCAGGCAACUUCUUCUACGGCGACCCCAUGCUCUACGCCGAUGGCUGCCAGUUCUGCCCCUCCAACGUCACCCAGUCUCAUCUCUUGGGCAGAGAAGAACUCGUUUCUCCCGGGCAAAGUCGCUGCGCACUCCGUUUCAUGCAAGGUUACAUCACGGACAUAGUCCAAGCAGCAGACAAGCAUGGCGAGGCGAGUCUGAGGCGGAACUGUUUCACGCUGAACAAGCAGAUGGAGUGCACGGCGAACGAGACGCAGCGCAGCAGCGACGAGUGCCUGGCAUUCUGCAGCAUGUCGCGGGAGCUGGGGCCGUGCGACGGGCACGGAGCGUGUGUGCCGCCGCAGGCGGGGGCAGCAGAGGCGCGCUUCACAUGUGAGUGCGACGACGGCUUCGUCCCCACCAACGGCACCCUCGGCUCCACCUGCGCCCGCCCUGCUCCGCCGCCCCCAUCAGCGCUCUCCACGGGUGCAGUGGUGGGCAUCGCUGUGGGCUCUGCUGCUGCCUUUGCUCUCCUCCUCGCUCUCGUUGUCGCGCUGCUCUGGCCCCGCCAACGCAGGAGGUGGAGCGACCUGGACGUGUGUCAGGAGUUCAGCAUGGGGGAGAUUCUGCGGGCGACAGACAACUGGGCGAGCAGCAAUGUGUUGGGGAAGGGCGGCUUCGCCACCGUCUACAAGGGCGUCUCCAGCAAGGGCGAGCUGUGGGCUGUCAAGCGCAUCGCACUCAUGUCCAACGACUUCCAGACCGAGGUGCGGGCAAUGGCGUCGCUGCGACAUCAGAACGUGGUGCGCCUGUUGGGCUUCUGCCUGCAUCAGAAUAUGGAGAGCGGCCAGCAGGAGCAGAUCCUCGUCUACGAGUUCGUGCCCAACGGGGACCUCAAGUACCACAUCCAUGACUCAAAGA